GCAGAAAAUACGCUAUAUUAGGUAAAAUAAUGAGGUUGAAGAAGCUGAAGCCUGCCUCACGGGGGCGCCUCUGAGGCCGCUGGCCUCCCGUCACGUAGAUGCGCCCGGCAGAUAAGAAGUGCCCGCUAACGCCAGACAUGGUGGUAAUGGAAACAAUAGCAGUAAUUACGGUAAUGAAGGGGCAGCGGCUGAGGGCGGCCAGGCUGGGAGGCUCGCUGAGGGACUGGCAGAAGUUGCACCUUGUGGUCCCUGGACAGGGCGUGGCGGCUGUCAGCCGUGAUUGAGCCCCAGACAGUGCACUUAACUUUCCAGCAGCGUGUGAUCAGUGCAGGAGCCUCCCCUCACUCCUCCCUGCAACUUACCCUCCUCAUCCUCCCUCCUCUUCUCUGCCAUCGGGGGAAUAAAGCAGAAAAGCAAGCGGAGAGAGGGAGACCGGGAGCCGAGACCUCUUCCUAAAGUAGUCCUGAUGGCAGCUGCUCAGAUCUGACUGCCGGGAGUUUAUUCUUCUCUUCUUCCCUUCCACCCCAUCCCUGCCUGUGAUUCUGGAUAGCAGAUCUGCCUGUUAGAUUGUGAAGAUGGCUGCUUCCUGGUUUCUAGUCCUUGUCCUGACACUUUUCCAAUCCUUGCUGAUCUGUCCUUCCUCUGAAGAAUACUUUCCAUCUGCUGCCACCAUUAAGCUAUGGGUUGAUAAGAUGCAGAAUGAUCUUGUUACCUUGGCAAGAACAGCAAGUGGCGUGGAUCAGCUAGCAGAAAUUUACUUGAAAAACAAAAAUUUGUAUACGGUGGAGGCCAAUAAUGCACGGCAGCUGGUGGAAAGUGCUGCAACCAAUAUAGAAAAACUUCUAAGGAAUCGAUCCAAAGCACUUGAGCAUCUUGCAGAAAAAGCAGAAGAGAUACAAGGAUCACAUCAAUAUAGGGACGUUUUUGCGGCUAAUGAUGUUGUUUACUACAACGCAAAGGAGGAUCAGAUGGAAUCAGAUAAUGACAGUGAAGCAAUAAGUCAUCGUAUCAAGCCUGCAUUUCAAGAUGAUCCUGUCUUUCGUCGGCAAACAUCGUACCAGCACUCUGCUGUUCAUAUUCCCACAGAUAUUUACGAGGGCUCUGCAAUCGUGUUAAAUGAGCUUAACUGGACGGCUGCAUUGGAUGAAGUGUUUAAGGAAAACUAUAAUGAAGAUAAAACCCUUCUGUGGCAAGUGUUUGGAAGUGCAACUGGACUGGCCAGGUAUUACCCAGCAUCUCCAUGGGUGGAUAAAAGCAGAACUCCAAAUAAAAUUGAUCUUUAUGAUGUGCGGAGAAGACCAUGGUACAUACAAGGAGCUGCAUCUCCAAAGGACAUGCUUAUUCUGGUGGAUGUGAGCGGCAGUGUCAGUGGACUGACGCUGAAGUUGAUAAGAACCUCUGUGUCUGAGAUGUUGGAAACUCUUUCGGACGAUGAUUUUGUGAAUGUUGCUGCUUUUAACAGCAAUGCUCAUGAUGUCAGCUGCUUCCACCAUCUUGUUCAAGCAAAUGUGAGAAAUAAAAAGGUUCUUAAAGACGCAGUCUAUAACAUCACUGCCAAAGGAACGACAGACUACAAGCAAGGCUUCAAAUUUGCUUUUGAUCAGCUUCGUAAUACAAAUGUAUCCAGAGCGAACUGUAAUAAGAUCAUCAUGCUGUUCACUGAUGGAGGAGAGGAUAAGGCGACAGAAACAUUUAAGCUAUACAACAAGAAUAAAACAGUUCGUGUAUUUACCUUUUCUGUCGGCCAGCAUAAUUAUGAUAAGGGGCCCAUACAGUGGAUGGCUUGUGAAAACAAAGGUUACUACUAUGAAAUCCCAUCCAUUGGAGCAAUUCGUAUUAAUACCCAGGAAUAUUUGGAUGUCCCUUGGAAGACCAAUGGUUUUGGCUAGAGAAAGGCAAAACAAGUACAGUGGACGAAUGUUUAUUUGGAUGCUUUGGAAUUAGGUCUUGUUAUCACCGGUACGUUGCCUGUUUUCAAUGUGACAGGGGACAGAAAAGAAAUUAAAAACCAGUUAAUACUUGGUGUUAUGGGCGUUGACGUUUCUUUGAAAGACAUUAAACGACUUACUCCUAGAUUUACACUCUGUCCUAAUGGAUACUAUUUUGCUCUUGACCCUAAUGGCUAUGUCCUGCUCCAUCCAAAUCUUCAACCAAAGCCUAUAGGCUUAGGUAUUCCUAUGGUAAAUUUGAGGAAAAGAAGGCCUGGUUACCAGAAUCAAAAAUCCCAGGACCCAGUAACACUAGACUUUUUGGAUGCAGAACUUGAAAAUGAACAUAAAGUGGAGAUACGUACUAAAAUGAUAGAUGGAGAAAUUGGGGAACGGACCUUUCAUACUUUAGUCAAAUCUCAAGAUGAGAGGUAUAUUGACAAAGCGAACAGGACAUACACUUGGGGGCCAGUGAACGGAACAGACUAUAGUCUUGCCCUAGUGCUGCCUUCCUACAGCUUUUAUUACAUUAAAGCAAAACUUGAAGAAACAAUAACUCAAGCAAAAUCCAAAAGGGGCAAAUUGAAGGACUCUGAAACUCUGAAGCCUGAGUAUUUUGAAGAUGUUGGUGCAACUUACUUAGCUCCAAGGGAAUUCUGCACUGACCUUCAGAUGUCCAAUAAUAAUACAGAAUUCCUACUAAAUUUUAAUCAGUACAUAGACACCAAAACACCAAGUAGCCCAUCAUGCAAUAAGGACCUGAUUAACAGAGCUUUGCUGGAUGCAGGAUUUACAUACGAACUGGUACAGGCUCACUGGAAAGGACCGCUACCGAAAGGAAUUAUAGCUAGAUUUGUAGCCACUGAUGGUGGAAUUACCAGAGUUUAUCCAAUGAGUGCUGGGGAGUACUGGUACGAAGAUCCAGAAACAUACGAAGAUAGCUACUACAAACGCAGCUUGGACAAUGACAAUUAUGUGUUUACUGCCCCUUACUUCAACAGAACUGGGCUUGCCACUUUUGAAAAUGGAAUAAUGGUGAGCAAGGCAGUUGAAAUAACCAUUGAUGGUAAACUUCUUAAGCCUGCUGUUGUUGGAGUAAAAAUAGAUUUUCAAAGUUGGAUGCUGAAUUUUACAAGUGCUACCACCAAAGACCCGUGCAAGAUGGAUGAAGUCUGUAACUGUAAACUGGACAGCUCGCAAUUGGACUGCAUAAUUCUUGAUGAUGGUGGCUUCCUAAUAAUGUCAAAUCAAAACAGUUACAACACUCAGGUUGGCAGAUUCUUUGGAGAGAUUGACCCAAGUUUGAUGAGAAAGCUUGUCAACAUUUCUGUAUACGCAUUUAAUAAGUCUUAUGACUACCAGUCUGUAUGUGAUAAAGGUGAAGAGCCAGCAAAAACAGCUGCCCCUCGCUCUGUGUUUGUGCCCACCAUAGCAGAUCUUCUAAAUCUUGGAUGGUGGGCUUCUGCUGCUGCUUGGUCUAUAUUGCAACAGCUGUUCUUGAGCCUUACUUUCCCACGGUAUAAUGAAGCAGCUGAAAUUGAUGAUGAUGACUUUUCCGCAAUUUUGGCAAAACAGAGCUGCAUAACUGAACAAACCCAAUAUUUCUUUGAAAAUGAAAACAAAUCUCUUAGUGGAUAUUUAGAAUGCGACAACUGCACAAGAAUUUAUCACGUUGAAAAGAUUAUGAACACUAAUUUAUUAUUUAUAAUUGUUGACAACCAACAUACAUGUGAAAUCUGUGACCAGCAGCCUCUGAUACAGGCAGAACAACGCUCUAAUGGACCAGAUCCAUGCCUGCUGGCCCAGAAUCCAAGGUAUAGAAAAGGUCCUGAUGUUUGCUUUGAUCAAGACGACUUGGAUGAGCCUUUAUGCACAGUGAAUGCUGCAUCAUCAAUGACGACUACAACUAUCUUCAUUUUACUGAGGAUGACAGUGAUUGUGGUGGUGUUUCUGGUUUGACUCCUUCACUCUGGUCUAUGAUAGGCAUUCAGUUGUUCCUGCUCUGGCUUUUAUCUGGUAGUAAUCAUUGUCAGUUAUGACCCUGAAAACCAAAAUC